GCCCUCUUCUGCUCUGCGUCACUCGGCGCGGAGCACCGGCGAGCGCGAGAAAAGAUCACAUGGCGUUGCGCCACUCGAGCCCCGCUACCUCUACGCUGACCACCGGCCACCACGGCCGUAGCGCCGCCGCCGCCGUCGUCCUCCGUCAGCCAACGACCGAUCCUCGCAGCCGUUUCCUGUUGCGCGCGCGGAAGCCGGCAGCUGGGUCCCCGGCCGCGGGAGCCGAUACCGAGGCGUCAUCCCGCUCGGAGAACGCCGUCCUGAAGGCCGCAUGGUACGGUUCCGAGCUCCUCGGCAUCGCGGCGUCGCUGCUCCGGCCGGCGCCGUCGUCUCCGGAGGAGGGCGCUCCCGGUGAUGCGGAGGGAGGCGAGGCGGGGGCCCUUGACCGCGCGGGAGUGGUCGAGGCCAUCAAGGACGACUUCGCGCGGUCGUACUUCGUCACAGGGAAUCUCACGGUGAAAGCUUACGAGGAGGACUGCGAGUUCGCCGAUCCAGCGGGUUCGUUCAAAGGCCUGCAGCGCUUCAAACGGAACUGCACGAACUUUGGGUCUCUGCUGGAGAAGUCGAACAUGAAGCUCACCAAAUGGGAGGACCUGGAAGACAAAUCAAUUGGGCACUGGCGUUUCAGCUGCGUCAUGUUGUUUCCGUGGAGGCCGAUUCUGUCAGCAACUGGAUACACUGAAUACUACUUUGAUGCUGAAUCAGGGAAGGUGUGCAGGCAUGCCGAGAAUUGGAACGUUCCCAAGAUGGCGCUCCUGCGGCAGAUUUUCAGGCCAAGCCGAUGGGUCUGGGAGGAGCGCUAGCUGAAGGCGUUGAGCUAUGCGAGAAUCGAGCAGUAUGUUUAUGUUCCAAAUGUAUCUUACCUACGUAGAGUUGUAACAUACCCUAGGGAUCACAUCACAUGUGCCAAAAUAGAAAAGUUGACUUAGGACAAAGAAAUUUAUAUUUAUAUGGGAGGAAGCAGUAGUAAAUCUGCUUGCAAGUAAGAAUUUAGGCCCAUCUCGGUCCGUAUUCCAGAACCGUCCGACCAUGCUUCUUCAUGGGCCUGGCCCAUUAUACAAAGACAGGGUCUUCUAGGGUUUCUUGUCUCGACGUCUUUAUAAGCAGAAGCUCUGGAGCGGAGAGGCCUGGGUAUUGCGGCGUUGGCUCCGGACGGCAAUGGCGGCUGUAUCUCCUCUGUUCCAUCUCGAGCCGCCCAGGGGUUUAUUCAUCCGAUGCUCCAUUUCUUAGUGCUAUCUCUGAUUUUCUUUCGGCA